UUUUUUUUUUUUUUUUUUUACUAGGAGACCACCGUGGCCUUGCUGUGUGGUAACGGAGAGUGUGACCAGCUGAAUAAUAACUAGGGCCACUAAAAAAAAUAAAAAAAGCAUGGGGGACGAACAAGAAAUAAUGUGCAAACUGGAGAACAUCUUGGAAAUACGAAACAAGACGAUCCAGAUGCAGAAGAUCAAGUCUCGUCUAAAGAUGGAGUUUGAGGCUCUGGAGUCUGAGGAGAAGCACUUGAAGGAAUACAAACAAGAAAUGGAUCUCCUUCUGCAAGAGAAAAUGGCCCACGUCGAAGAGCUGCGCCUCAUCCAUGCAGAUAUUAAUGUGAUGGAGAGCACCAUAAAGCAGUCAGAGAACGACCUGAAUAAACUGCUAGAAACAACUCGCCGCCUCCAUGAUGAGUACAAGCCUCUGAAGGAGCACGUUGAUGCGCUCAGGAUGACUUUGGGUCUUCACAGACUCCCCAACUUGAACGAGGAGGAGGAGAAGCUGUCCCUGGAUUACUUUGAGAAGCAGAAGGCCGAGUGGCAGAAGGAGCCACACGAGCCCGCCAUCCCAGAGUCUCUGGCUGCAGCCGCAGCGGCGGCACAGCAGCUUCAGGUGUCCAGGAAGCAAGACGCCCGGCAGACGGCCACCUUCAGGCAGCAGCCGCCACCCAUGAAGGCGUGCCUGUCCUGCCACCAGCAGAUUCACCGUAACGCUCCCAUAUGUCCGCUCUGCAAGGCCAAGAGCCGCUCCCGCAACCCGAAGAAGCCCAAGAGGAAGCCAGAUGAGUAGAUCCUUCUCACACCUUCAACUUCUCACUAGGGUUUAAACUGCUCCAAGCCCCUGAUCUUGGAUCAGCCAGGUUUAUUCCUCCACAUGACUGAAAUAAAAAGCUCUGAGCUUCAGGACGCUUUCAACACCGUCUCUGUUUUAGUGACUCGUUUUAGUACUGUCAGCGUUUAAUUAUGGUUAUAGUGAUCUUAUACAAGUUGUCUGUGUUCACCGUUGCGUUGGAUGUGUUUACUGUAUAUGUAACUGUAUGACUUCCUGAGUAGCUUACUAGCACCCGAAUAGUGGAUUGCAAUAAUGCAAAGUGAACUUGUCCAAAUAUUUUUUUUUUGCCCAUUGUUGCUACUGUCUUCCUUUUUAUUAUCUUGUUGUAAUUAUUGUUUUUGCCAUGCAUGCUAUGACUAAUGUGUAGGUUGUGCGCCAAUAUGAAAUUACACGAGUUUAAUACCUAAGUUAAAUGUAGCUAUAUGAUCGUUUUAUAGCUACAGUGAUCAAAAUGUUAGACCAAAAAAGAAAAAGCUAGUAACAUGUUUACCUUUAAUACGGCUUAAAAGAAAUAAAUCAAUGUUUUGUACUAAC